AUGUAUUCCAAGACUCUUUUGCUGAGUUUCCUUUUUGGCAGUGCUGCCAGUGAAGUCAUUCAUGGCGCUGUAGUCUUUAGCCGUCAUGGAGAUCGCACUACAAAGUGGUACGGCGCUCAAUCCCUCACUAGUCUCGGCGCAGAGCAGAACUUCCAAGUUGGAAGAGACUACCGUGAUCGAUAUCUCGCUUCGGACUCUCAGUAUCGCAUCUUGGGUAUUUCUGAAGAUGAAUACAAGCCCUCUCAGAUCUUUGCUAGUGCUCCUGAUCAGGGCAUCCUCAUGAACACGGCUACAGCUUUCCUUCAAGGAUUCUACCCUCCUCUCGCUGAUCUAGACCCUGAGAUUGCUUCUCAGACUCUUAACAAUGGCUCUGAGAGUCAGGCUCCUCUUGAUGGUUACCAAUAUGUUCGUCUCCAUACCAUCAAUGAUAAUUCACCAGACACCAUCUGGAUCAAGGGCGAUGAUGCUUGUCCCAAAUAUGUCACUGCCUCAAAGUCUUUCAUGAAGAGCGAUGUCUUUGCUCAACGUGAAGAAGACACGAAGGAAUUUUACGAGCAAUUCUACGAUGUUCUCUCCGACGGCGUCUACAACCUUCGUCCCGAGAACAUGACCUACAAGAACGCCUACAACAUCUUCGACCUCGUCAAUGUCGCUCGCAUUCACAACAGCACCUCUCCAGCCCGCAACCUCUCAAACGCAGACCUUCUUCAGCUCCGCACCCUCGCUGACUCUGCGGAACUCGGCCAGAACUGGAACGAGUCUGAUCCUGCUCGAGCCAUUGGCGCUGAGACUCUUUCUGGUGCUAUCCUCAACCAGUUGAAUGAGACUGUGACUUCUGAAGGAAAGCUCAAGUUUUCUCUCUUCGCUGGAAGUUACGACACUUUCCUUGCCUUCUUCGGUCUUGCAGAUCUUCUUGAUGUCUCUCCCAACUUCUACGGUCUGCCAGAUUACGCAUCUACCAUGGCUUUCGAGCUCUUCACCGAUGAUGACAGAGACAGUUUCCCUUCAAACCCAGAGGCUGACCUCCGUGUUCGCUGGCUCUUCCGCAACAGCACAGCCGGCGACCUUGAGACUUAUCCACUCUUUGGGACUGGCGAGGACUCUCUUUCUUGGUCAAAGUUUGUGACUGAGAUUGAGAAGCGUUCUAUUACUGAUGUUGGAGAUUGGUGCACCAAGUGUGGCGCCGAAGAAGAUUUCUGUGCUGCGUACAAGGAUGACGACGAGAGUGCUGAGGGUGAGAGUGAGAACAAGACUUCCAAGAAGGGUGGCAUGUCCAACGCCGUUGCUGGUGUCAUUGGUGCCAUGGUUACUCUUGGUGUUGUCGCUAUUGUUGGAGCUGCUGCCUUCGUUAUCAUGAGACGCAAGCGAACUACCCCUGCUGGCAAGAAGAGCAGCAUUCGAAGUGGCAGCACUGAUGGAAAUGCGGCCAAGGUUUAA